CGCACUCCUGACCUCCCUGAACGCCUCUUCUGAAACCGGAAACAAAAUAAGUGUCAUGUGAUUUCAGCUCGUGCCCCUGUGUAGUAUGUAGCUGUUAGAUGUCAAGUCUGUGAAAUAACGACCUAAAGAAGUUGCCAAGUGGUCUAUAUAAGAAGAGGAAACUGUGGCCGACAUGGCAGAUGAUUUGAAGAGGUACCUGUACAAACAGCUACAGAGUGUCGAGGGGCUUCAUGCGAUCGUGGUGACGGACCGAGACGGAGUCCCGGUUAUUAAAGUCGCCAAUGAUAACGCCCCGGUCCACGCUCUGAGACCGGGCUUCCUGUCCACUUUCGCUCUGGCCACAGAUCAGGGCAGCAAGCUGGGUCUCUCUAAGAACAAGAGCAUCAUCUGCUACUACAACACCUACCAGAUUGUGCAGUUUAACCGGUUACCUUUGGUCAUCAGCUUCAUUGCAAGCAGCAAUGCUAACACAGGCCUCAUCAUGAGUCUGGAGAAGGAGCUGGCUCCACUAAUAGAGGAGCUGAGGCAGGUGGUGGAGGUGACAUAGACUCUGACGGACCCUGUUCUGCCGAAACACCCGGAUCACUCUCAGCUCCCUGAAUCUCUCUCUCUCGCUCUCUGUCUGUAACGGUGCAUUCAAGUCCUGUGGGGAAACCCGGUAAUAGUUAUCCUCCUGGCUGUUUCCUUCAUGAUGAAACUGUCCUGUACUCUGAUUCUUCUCCUCUGUUGACUUUCCUUUCUUCCGUUUUCUGCAGUGUUUAGAUUCUCUUUCAGCUCAGACAGACUUUAUAUGUUGAAUCAAACGUCCCGUCUGAAUAAAGGUUCCAUUUUCAGCUCCUAAA